AUGACUUUCGUAUAUGCAAAGUGCUUACCACUGGACAGACUAGAAUUAUGGGACAGUUUAUACUACCUUGCAAGUGAUAUGAAACUACCAUGGCUAGUUGGAGGGGAUUUUAAUGUGCUUUUGAGUGAAGAAGAGAAAAUUGGAGGGCUUUCAGUCUAUCCUCCAGAAUAUGAAGACUUUGCCUUCUGUGUAAACUUAUGUGAACUCUUUGACACUGGGUACAAAGGAAGUCCCUUCACAUGGUGGAAUGGGAGGCCAAAUACAGAAUGCAUAUUUAAAAGAUUGGACAGAAUCUUUGUCAAUUCCCCAUUCCAAUCUCUAUUCCCAACUACAGAGGUCGAACAUCUUAUUAGAACAGGCUCGGAUCAUGCACAUCUGUUUAUGACCUGUGGUGACGCGACUACCACAUUUACUAAACCAUUCAAAUUUCUGAAUUUUUGGACAAAACAUACCUCUUUUAAGGAGGUGGUUCGACCAAAUUGGCAGGCUGACGUCACAGGUGACCCCUUCUGGAUGUUCAAACAGAAAUUAAAAAGAGUUAAGAUUGCUCUUUCAAAAUGGAGUAGGGUCACUUAUGGGGACAUCUUCAAGCAACUAGCUUUAAGGGAAGAUGUGGUCAAAAUAAAGAAAAUGCUGUUUGAAGAAGAACCCACAGUUGAGAAUAGAAUUGUACUUCAGAAGGCACAAUCUGAAUUAAAGAGAUAUCUGAGCAUAGAUGAACAAUAUUGGAAACAAAAAGCAAGUAUGUUCUGGUUUGCAGAAGGAGACAGAAACACUAGAUUCUUUAAUAACCAUGUCAAUGGUAAAAGGCAGAAACUCCAACUGAAGAGAAUCCAGAACCAUGAUGGUAACUGGAUUGAGUCGCAAGAACGGAUGGCUAACGUAGCAGUCGAAUUUUUCCAAAAACAGUUCACACAAGAAGCUGAUCAUACAAGGUCUGAGCUCCUCAACAAUGUACCCUCAAUGGUGUCUUGUGAUCAAAACAUAGAACUUUGUAGAAUUCCUACAAUAGAGGAGGUAAAGGCAGCGGUUUUUGCACUGAGCGAUGAAAGUUCAAGUGGUCCAGAUGGUUUCACAGGAUUUGUCAAAUGGAGAAGUAUAUUUGAAAAUAUUCUGUUAACACAGGAGAUUGUUACUGUCAUAAGAUUAAGGGGAAAACCUGCUAAUGUAGUUAUCAAACUUGACAUGGCAAAGGCUUAUGAUAGGGUCUCAUGGAAGUAUCUAAUGCAUGUUUUGAGGAAAAUAGGAUUUGCAGAAUGCUUCAUCAACAUGAUAUGGAAUUUAAUUUCCAACAACUGGUAUUCUGUUCUGAUUAAUGGUCAAGCAUCAGGAUUCUUUCACUCAACAAAAGGGGUCAAGAAAGGAGAUCCUCUCUCUCCAUCCCUGUUCAUUCUCUCUUCAGAGGUUCUGUCUAUAUCGUUAAAUAAACUAUUUGAAGACAUGAGAUUCAAGGGCUUUGGGAUGCCUAAAUGGACUGAUCCAUUAAAUCAUUUGGCCUAUGCAGACGAUACUAUAAUCUUUUCCUCUGCUGACCCAUAUUCUUUUAGGAAAAUUGUAGAAGUUUUGUCCAAGACAUCCAAGUCCUUAUGGUCUAACUUUAUGUGGAACAAGUACUGUAAAAAGGAAAUCCCAACAACUGUCCAAUUUAGACAAGGAUCUCAUGUAUGGAGGAAAAUGUUAGAGGCUAGGGAAGAGGUGGAGCACGAAAUACUAUGGGAAAUGAAUAGGGGUUCUACUAAUAUUUGGCAUGAGAAUUGGACUGGUCUGGGAGCUCUGUACCAUAUUGUUCCAAAUGACUAUACAAUCAAUGAAGAUAUGCAGGAAGUAGCAGAAUUGAGAGUGGAUGAUACCUGCGAUGAGCAACUUCUAGCGCAAUCUUUCCCUGCGGACAUUGCUCAACAUAUCAUGCAAGAAGUUAUAUUUAGCACUACUAACGAUUCCUGGGAUGUUCCUAGAUAG